GCUGAGCAAAGUCAUGCUAUUUAUCGAUAUUUCGUGUAUUUCUUAACCAACUUAAUUUUGGUUCAUGAUCCUAUGUUUGGAGCAAGGAGAAGCAUAAACGAGCCUUAUAAUUCUAGGCUGACACAUGUAUAUUUGAAGGGUUUAGCAAUCAGGUGUAAAUGUCUAUUGUGCUUUCCUUUUUGCCGAAAGAUAGCUAAUUGUUUCGCUUAUGUGGGCCAAAGAAUAUAUGCAUAUUGCUCUGUUUCUUUGUGCCAUGUGUUUUAUUUUGGUUGUUGUUUUUUUUAAAAAAAAGGAAGAAUGAGCCAUGUGUCUGAAGCAGACUCUUGUGGUCUUGUUAAUGAAUUCAGGCCAUGGCAGGGAUGGGUGCAUUUCUUGUAUGACCGGUCUCUGUAAGUUUGAUCAAGAUUUCUCCUGUUGUUAGUGCUCAGAAAGAAUAUUUGCAACCUGCAUUUCUGUCUGGUGAUGGCUGACAGAGUCUGUAUCUCAUCUUUUUUCUUAAAAAAAAUGCUGCAUGUAUGACUGCAUCUAUUCCAUAACUGAGGGUAAACACAUGAGAUUUUUGGCACUUCCCUUUGGUGCUUCAGCCUUGAGGUAGGCGAGGUCUCUGGUCAAUGGCAGCAGGCAACAUAUAUUAUAACUAGCAUUGCGGUGGGUUGCCUGGGAGGUUGGACCAUGAGUGCUCUGCUCUGCUAUGCUCAGCUGAGAGAGACUGCAGUUGGUGCAAAGGGAGCCGGCGGCCGGCAGUUGCCUGGAAGCUGCUGCUGCGACUGAGACUUGAGUGACCAUGAUGAGACGAGAAUAUUAACCACAUCAAUGGAUGCUGCUGCUUUUCUUGCAUUUGCUGCACAAGUAGUGGAAAGUAGCUGGUAGCAGGAAGAAGCAAGAGCUCGAUAUGUCCCCGGCGAUGGCCGCCGCGCCGGAGGAGUUCCUCUCCGUCCACCCGGAGCCGCCGUCCCCCUCCGUCUUCCUCGACCUGCCGCCCACGCCUCCCCCCCACGAUGACCCUGCCGGCGCCUUCGACGACAUGGCGCUCCCCUACAUAGCCCGCCUCCUCAUGGACGAGGAGGCCGCCGAUGAGGCCAGCUUCUUCUACCAGUACCCGGACCACCCCGCGCUGCUCAAGGCGCAGCUGCCCUUCGCCCAGAUCCUCUCCGGCGCAGCUGCGCCCGACGACGACGACAGCGGCAACACCACCACCUCGCCUUCCUUCUCCGCCGACACCGACACUCGCGGUACCUCCUCUCCCGGUGGCCGGGGCGGCUCUGACUCUGACCACUCGCCCACGCUCACCUCACCUAGCACUAGCUUCAUUCCUGCCGCCGACGAUGCGGACAUGGUCACCUCCGCGUUCCUCAAGGGCAUGGAGGAGGGCACCAAGUUCCUCCCCACCAACGACGCCAUCUUCCUCCUCGACAACACCAGGCUCGAUGCCCGGGGCCGCAAGAACAGCAGGCAUAAUGCUUCCCCGGAGACGGAGGCGCGCAGGGCCACCAAGCUCAUGGCGGCGCCGGAGCCGCUAGACGCAUCCGACGCCCGUAAGAUGUUCGACGAGAUGAUGCUCGGCGAGCGCGACAUCUCCAUGAAGGGCGUGGAGCAGCAGCAGCAGCGCGUCAUCGCCGACACGGCCAACCACAAGGCGGCGCCGCGGCGGCGGAGGCGCCGCACCUCCAACUCCAACAGCACCAACAACAACGAGGCGGUGGACCUGCACGCACUGCUGCUCCGGUGCGCGCAAUCCGUGUCCACGGACGACCGGCGCGGCGCGCAGGACCUGCUGGCGCAGGUCCGGCGCCACUCCUCGGCCACCGGCGACGCCGCGCAGAGGCUGGCGCACUGCUUCGCCGAGGGCCUGGAGGCGCGCCUCGCCGGCACGGGCAGCCGCCUGUACAACUCGCUCAUGCUCCAGCCCACCUCCGCCGUCGACUUCCUCAAGGCCUACCAGCUCUUCAUGGCCGCCUGCUGCUGCAAGAAGGUGGCCUUCGCCUUCUCCAACAAGACCAUCUUCGACGCCGUGGCCGGGCGCCGCCGCCUGCACAUCGUCGACUACGGCAUCGGAUAUGGCUUCCAGUGGCCGGGCUUGCUGCGCGGCCUCGCCGCCAGGCACGGCGGCCCGCCGGAGGUCAGGAUCACCGGCAUCGACCUGCCCCAGCCCGGCUUCCGCCCCGCGCACCAGAUCGACGAGACAGGCCGCCGUCUCAUGAACUGCGCUCGUGAGUUGGGCGUGCCGUUCAGGUUCCGCGGGAUCGCGGCCAAGCGGGAGGCCAUCUCUCCCGAUGACCUGGACCUGGGCAUGGCUGAUGAUGACGAGGUGCUCGUGGUGAGCAGCCUCUGCCAUUUCAGACACCUGAUGGACGAGAGCGUCGUCGCCGGCCGGCCCAGCCCCAGGGACCAGGUGCUCGGCAACAUCCGGCGGAUGCGGCCGGACGUGUUCAUCCACGGCGUCAUCAAUGGCGGCUACGGCAGCACCUACUUCCCGACGAGGUUCCGGGAGCUGCUCUUCUUCUGCGCGGCGCAUUUCGACCUGCUGGACGCGACGGUGCCCCGGGACAGCCCGGAGAGGCUGCUGAUCGAGAGGGACAUCUUGGGGCGGGGCGCCAUGAACGUCAUCGCGUGCGAGGGCGCCGACAGGGUGGAGCGCCCGGAGACGUACAGGCAGUGGCAGGCGAGGAACCAGAGGGCGGGGCUCAGGCAGCUCCCGCUCAGGCCGGAGGUCGUCAAGGUGGUGCUGGACAAGGUCAGGGACAACUACCACAAGGACUUUGUCGUCGACGAGGAUCAGGCGUGGCUGCUGCACAGGUGGAAGGGACGUGUGCUCUAUGGCCUAUCCACAUGGGUUGCACAGCGAUGAUGCUACCAAUCCAAUCCAUAGAGAUGCAGGAAUGUCUUGGCACGUAAAAUCACAAAUGUAGGCUCGUAUUUUAUCUUUCUUACCAUUUCGCAGCUACGAGAAUGAGAAGCAAUUCCAAGCCCAGUCAAUUUCAAUAAUUAUUGGUCCUAGGCAUAGAAAAAAUAGACAUAUUCCUCAAUUAACACAAAAAUUUCGAUUGUUGAUGUUUUAUUCGAAAGGAUCAGACUCAUAUAUAAAGAAAGUAAUCCAGUUUUGAUU